GUUUCUUUUUUUUUUUUUAUUAGGUAAAAGAAUGUAUGGCAGCACAGGUGGACUCGGGAAGAUGUAACUAGUCGGAGUAUCGGGGAGACAUUAUGGAGGCCUCUUUUCUGCGUUGGUUGCUUUUUGUCGCACUGCCAGCCUGGACAUUUGGAGACGAUGGCCAGCUGACCUUUGUAUCUGAGCUGUCCUCCAAACCUGCUCAGAAGUUGUCAAAGUACAGCUGGUAUGCCAACGUCAGACUGCAGAGGUUCCACAUACCGGAGGACACCGCCGUCGCUCGCUGGCUCUUCUCUGUGAAAAAGGGCCACAGUUUCCACUGCGGACAGCACAACGUCAGCAUCCAUAUCCGAUGGGGAGCCCCUCCUGUCAUAAACCCAACACAGACUGUGUUUCCAAAUGCAACACUUUGGGGCCCGUCUUUUUCUCUCACACUACCGGUGACCUCCCAGAGCUCCACCACGUUUAACCUCUCCCACCCGGCUCCAGGGAAUUGGUUCGUUGCUGCUCAUUUACCAGAGGAUGAUGGCCGCAUAGAGCAGAAGGGUUUCCCGUCCUGCUCUUAUUACUUCCAGCCACUGCUGUCGGUCAGGAGAGCCGUGGACACACCGGUGUUACAGCAGGGAACCUUCCUGACACAGACCGCAGCACCUGACAGACCUGCACGCCUUAAGAUGUUCGUGCCGGAGUUUACCUCGUCUCUUUCGGUUUCUGUGGCCGAGUGCUCGUCAGGGGAGGCUGCGGAGAGCAGCAACUGCCCGCUGCUCCUCAGACUGGGCUCUGCAUCGAUGCGGCACAGCCAGACGGCGGUGAACUGCUCAGGGAGCCGCUGCUCCGCCUCCCUCUCCAACCCUCCGUGGGACACCUGGUUACGCAUUGUGGUGGAGAGCAGCCAAAUCAACCAAACCGUUACCUUUAAGAUUGUGUCCAACUACACAGUGGGAUGUAAGCCUGCCAGCGUAGGCCUUAAAGCAGACGAUGACCUCACAAAGCUCCUCGGUAGGAGCAGCGUCUCCAACGUGACGUCAACAGGCAACAGCUCAGGCGCCUCCAACGCAUCAUCAGCGCUUCCACCGGAGCUGCCCGCGUCCGGCUGCGUGUGGAGCGUCCCUGUGCUCUACGAGGAACUGGACGUUCUGUCUCUCCGUUUCACCCCCGUCAACGGGUCGAACAUCAGCAUCACGGACGCGUACCCGGCGCUGCUCACGUACCCUCUGCCCGCACAGGCCACGGGGGGCACACUCAAUCUGCAGCUCAUGCUCAACUCUACAAAUGCAACGUUGGGGAAUAACAGCAUCGUUGGCUGUUUUUCUCCCUGGGCUCCUGUCCUCGAACUCAACCACUCUGAACCUUGCCGUACAGCUUUGUUUGGAGGAUAUGGUGUUGGCAUCAACGUCAGUGUCCCUAAAGCUGCAGUCAGGCUGCCUUUCCCUCAGUCCACAACAUGGUACCUCACCCUGCAGCUUGUAUGCAACAGCAGUGACUGUGGGAACUCGUUCGUAGUGUCUGUGGUGCCAGAAGUGUCUGUCAGUGCCUGUGUGGAGGAUUGUGGGUCGUAUGGUGAAUGUAGGCUGCUGAGAUCCUACACCUACUUGUAUGCUGCCUGUGUCUGCAGCGCAGGUUGGAAAGGUUGGGGCUGCACCGACGGCUCCACGGCCCAGUCAUACAGCCGCCAGCUGACAGCAACCAUGUUGCUCACACUCAGCAAUCUGUUCUUCCUGCCCGCCGUCGUUGUUGCCAUCAGACGCGCCUACAUCACUGAGGCCUCGGUCUACAUCUUCACCAUGUUCUUCUCCACGUUCUACCAUGCCUGUGACCAGCCCGGUGUGGCGGUUCUGUGCAUCAUGGACUAUGAUGCCCUGCAGUACUGCGACUUCCUCUGGUCGAUCUGCUCCAUCUGGGUCACCAUCCUCUGCAUGGCUCGCCUGGGAGACGUAGCUAAAUAUACCCUGUUUUUACUCGGAGCCUUGCUGAUUGCCAUGUCGAUGCAACUGGACCGGAAGGGCUUGUGGAACCUGCUGGGCCCCAUCCUUUGCGCCAUACUUUUCAUGGUCACUUCCUGGGUGUACCGGGGGGUCCGCCGGAAACACUGCUACCCGCCCUCAUGGCAGCGCUGGGUCUUCUACCUGAUCCCCGGUGCACUCUGUGCUCUCAUCGGUGUGUGCCUGUACAUCUUUGCAGAGACUGAGAGCAACUACUACUACACGCACUCGCUGUGGCACAUCCUGGUGGCCAGCUGCGUGGUGUUCCUGCUGCCACCAAAGGAGAAGGACAGGAAGGCUCUGGGCUGGAGCCAGGGCUUCAGCUGGAGGUGGAGCUGGAGACCUCGGGUCUGGGUUAUGUUGGAAGAGUUUAAUACUCCAGAUGAAAUUUGAAUAAUUCUUUACUGCCAGGUACUAUAAUUUCCUGCAUUCUAUUGUAUUCCUUGAAAUUAAAACAUCAGACCACAUCUCAACAGUCCACCUAGAAGAAGGAAAGUAAUGCUUUUUGCCUAAAUCUGCUCAUCACAGCCACUUGUGUCUUCACACAGCGUCACAAGUCUGAUAAUCACAUCUCAGUCUCAGGGCUGCAGAUCAGAGCAGCCUGGAGCUUCUUACCUGUCAAGAAACAAAAAAUGAAGAAAAUGCAUGAAAGAUUCAGAUUUACUGCGUCUUUAAGUUUGGUAAGACCAAUUCUCUCUGCACUUUCCUAAAAAGGCUAUUCUUGCGGGCAAAUUCUUUACUAUUCUACAACUAGGGCUGCAUAAUAGAAAAACCUUUAUUAGAGGUAAUGUUGGUUAACAUUUAAUGACAAUGUCAGUUGAGAUAUGUGCCUAUUUUCUUCUCUACUAUCUUUUGUCACCUGGGCUUCCAUCACUGUGUGACCUUUAACGUUUUGGGUGAUGUCAUCUGGUUAUGGUGUAACCAUCCGCUGCCUACUGGCUAAAUAUUUCACUAACAUGGAAAAUAUAAUUUUAUUACUCUUGGAUUAUGUUAACCAACAACCUCUGCACUCCAAAUGCUCCUUUGCACACGCCGAUAUUGCCAUGACGACAUAUCCCCCAUGUAUUGUGCAGCCCUGAACUUGCCUCGACUCGUUCGUUCCAACUAUCUUCAACAAACUCGUCUCCAGAUUUCUUUUAAAGCUACUUGCCGUACAUUUUUCAUUUAUCAUUCACACUUUUUUUACUGUAUUUUGUUACCUAUAAAAAUUAAUGUUUAAUUGUUUUGAUUGUUUUUCCUGUUGUGCUGUACUUUUUUCUUUUAUUGGUGACAACACAUCAGGCACCUGAUAGUUAUUUGUAUUUCAACUAUUUCAAUUUUAAGUUCAUUUUAAAUCCAGCAAGAGUCUACAAUUUGUUCAAAUUUUUCUGUCUUUUUCUGAGUUGUUAUCGACUCUAGGCAGUUAGCGCCCUGAGCCUACUGUGAUGUCAUCAACCCAUAUGCACACAAACGAGAAUUGGCUAGCUGGGGUUGUUUUCUUUUUUUUUCUCAAUCCAUUUUGUGAAAUUUUGCAGAAUGGAUAUAAACAUUAACUGUUUUCAUUGUCUGCAAGUGGAGAAAAAAAUAUAAGACAAGAUAGGAUCUGUGUUAAAACGUGGUUAACAAAGCCUAAGAGAAGCCAAUGUUUUCUGUUAAUCAAAACACUAACUGCUAGAUAAACAGCUGAGUUUGUUCAUUAUUUUAAAUGUUCUUUUUCAGUCUGAAGCACUUUGUUUUCACUGUCUAAUGUAAAUUACCCAUAUGUGUAUGAAUCAGCGCUGAUUGAAUGUAUACUAAGAUUAUUGCCCAGUGCCUCUUCCUUAGUCUUUUUGUGAUUGCACUUUAUAUAUAUGAUAAAAUGGGAGUUGGGGUGUUUGUCUCAUAUAAUCUAGUUCCAUUGUGUAGUUUUGUGUAUUAGAUUUUCUGUUGAAAAUCUCUAUUUUCUGUUUUUGUCUUUUUUCGUUUCCUGCUGUGAUUUUGUUGCAUCGAGGCUCAAAUAUUUUGAGGGAAAACAAAAAUUACCACUGUUUGAGUUCCUCAAAGGAUUUUAUUUUAUUCAGUUAUUCGUCGAAACUGAGUGAUGCCUUGGGAAAAUAAAUCUGAUGUGAAAGAA